AUGAAUUUACAAACUUUAGAAAAUAUUGCUAAAGUUUAUCAAUAUAAUAUUUCGCAAAUUGAAACUGUACAAACUGAGAACAAUGAAUUAAAUACUAAUGAUAUAUAUGCAUUAGUUAAUUCUAUGCUUUAUGAUUUUGAAGAUGAUAAUUCUCAAGAGAAUAAUUCUCAAGAUGAUAUCGAUCAACUUUCAGCUUUGGAUUCAAGCAAUACUACAAUUGAUAAUUUGGAACUAAGUGUUAAAACAUUUAUUGAUUUUAAUUCGCAAAUUUUUGAAUCUUUCAAUAAAAAUAAAGAUGGGAGGAUUGAAAAUAUGGACUUUGGAACUAAUGAUAUAGAAGCUUUUGAAGAUUAUGACCCAAAGACUAUCAUUCAAAAUAUGAGACUUGACAAGAUUGCAGAAUUUUUAAAAAAAUUGAACAUACAUUUAUUUUCAUUAUUAAAUUUACUAAUAUACAGUAUAUUUAUAGGAAUAACAAGAAUGCUUAAGCUUUGCCACAACAUAUUUUUUGCACAAUUAUUGUUGUAA